AUGAGCCCUUUGCAUGAGCUCGCUUUUCCCACACGAAAGAAGAGCGCGCAGGAGUUGGCAUUUGCCAACGAGAGCUCUAGCCCCAACAACAUGCUCAACAGCGCUCCUUACUACGCUCCUCUGAUGCUGCCGCCUUCGCGCCCGACGAUGCCAAUGUUCGUGGUCCGCAUGACGCAUGACGACAAUUCCCUUUCUCUCGAGCGUCGCUUUGCGGCGUUGGAAGCCGGUUUGAACCGCCUCGAGGUCCAGCUGAGCGCUGCCAGCGCACUGCAGUCGGUGCAAAUGCAAGUGCAAAUCGCCCGUGUGCACAACACCCACUGCGCAAUGAGCGACGCGCUUCUGCCAUUGCCUAAGACAGAGGCCGGCCACGCGCGCCCCGUGUUUGUCGCAAGCGGCGUCGCGGGGCCGCUGCCUCGUCCCGUGGGGAGCACACCGCGUCAGUUUCCAACGACGCGAACGCAGCUUUUGGAUCUCUCGCUCCGGGACCUCAAAAAGCUUGCGUGGUUUUAUAGCUCCAGCUUUGGCGUCCAAGACCCACACGCGACCCGGCACGAGAUCAUGCUUGCCUUUCUGAGCUUUGUUCAGCUCUCUAACUCGUCCUUCUAA